ACCAGCAAUGAUGAUCUCCAGACCUCCCCCAGCACUGGGUGGGGACCAGUUCAGCAUCUUAAUCCUUCUGGUGCUGCUGACUUCCACAGGUGAGCCCCAAGGGCCUGCUGCUCCUCCUCCCCACAUCCUCUCUUCCCUCCUCCUCCUUCCCACAGUCACCUCCUCUUCGCCAGCUCAGCUCAGCUCCUUCCCUUGAGUUCCGUCUCUCUUCUUUCCUCUGUUGCCUUUCAUCAUCGGCUCCCCAUGCCUGUCUCCGUUCUCCUUCCUCUGGCAUGUGGUCUGCCUCAGUUUCCCUAGCAGCUAUGAGGAUUGAAUGCAUCUCCCAUCAGUGCUGCCACCAUCCGAGUGUCCCCAGACUGUGGGAAGCCUCAGCAGCUGAACCGGAUUGUGGGAGGUGAGGACAGCAUGGAUGCCCAGUGGCCCUGGAUUGUUAGCAUCCUCAAGAAUGGCUCCCACCACUGUGCAGGCUCCCUGCUCACCAACCGCUGGGUGGUCACAGCCGCGCACUGCUUUAAGAGCAAUAUGGACAAACCAUCUCUGUUCUCAGUAUUGUUGGGGGCCUGGAAGCUGGGGAGCCCAGGCCCAAGGUCCCAGAAAGUAGGCAUUGCUUGGGUGCUGCCUCACCCCAGGUAUUCUUGGAAGGAGGGAACCCAUGCAGACAUUGCCCUGGUGCGCCUGGAACACUCCAUCCAGUUCUCUGAGCGGAUCCUGCCCAUCUGCCUACCUGACUCCUCUGUCCGUCUCCCUCCCAAGACCGACUGCUGGAUUGCCGGCUGGGGAAGCAUCCAGGAUGGAGUGCCCCUGCCCCACCCUCAGACCCUUCAGAAGCUGAAGGUGCCCAUCAUCGACUCCGAACUCUGCAAAAGCUUGUACUGGCGGGGAGCCGGUCAGGAAGCCAUCACCGAGGGCAUGCUGUGUGCUGGUUACCUGGAAGGGGAGCGGGAUGCUUGUCUGGGCGACUCUGGGGGUCCCCUGAUGUGCCAGGUGGAUGACCACUGGCUACUGACUGGCAUAAUCAGCUGGGGAGAGGGCUGCGCGGAGCGCAACCGGCCCGGUGUGUACACCAGCCUCCUAGCUCACCGCUCCUGGGUGCAAAGGAUCGUUCAAGGGGUGCAGCUGCGCGGGUACUUGGCGGACAGUGGGGACACAGGAAGCUCCUAAUCUAGGAUCUGAAGAUGAGCAGCCUCCUGCAAUUCUCUCUGCUGUAAAUAUGUCUUCUACCUCCGGGGGGCGCCCGCGGCCUGAGCGAGAGAACAAGGAAGUUCUGGAACCGCCCACAUAGAGGAUCCGCCCCUCAAUCGAGGACUCUGUGUGUGUGUGUGUGUGUGUGUGUGUGUGUGUGUGUGCCUCUGUGUGCGUGUGUAUGCGCGCGCACGUGCGCGCGAGAGCAAUGAUUUUUUUUUUUACAGUUAUACGUAACCAUGCCCACAUAUUUAUUCCAGUUUCAAUAAAUUAUUUAUUCUUA